AUGUACUCCGUACUCUACUCUACAAGCACUUGUGCUGCCGCUGCCGCACACGCUGGGUGGGCGGCUGCUAGCGCUCGUCGUCCUCGUGAUUUUGCCGCCUCAAUCAAUGACUUUUGCACCACCGCACAACGUCGCCCACGCAAAGAGGGCAAACACGCUCGCCGAGUCGCCUCUCUCCCCUCCCGCCCAUCAUCAGGCCGAGCUCGCCGUGGCCGAUUGAUCAUCUCCUCGGUCGUGGCAUCCAUGGCUUCCUCGCUGCAGCCCGUCCGUCGGGCCCUCGGCGGCACCGCUUCGAGGGCCCUGCGAUGCUUCGCCACGGUGCCCAACGCCGACGGUGCAGCCCCCCCGGCCUCGAAGCCGGAGCGCAGGACCUAUUUCAAGGACAAGACGGUCGCCUCCUUUUCCGACUUCGUCGCCACCUCGUCCCCCGAUCAACCCCUCUCGCCCGUCGACGCCUACACCCUACGCACCGCCGAGGUCGGCCCGGCGGGUAGGAAGAGGACCAUCACGCGGCUGCCCGAGUGGCUCAAGACGUCGAUUCCCGCGGGCAACGACAACUACAAGAAGAUCAAGCACGACCUGCGCGGCCUCGGCCUGCACACCGUCUGCGAGGAGGCCCGAUGCCCCAACAUAUCCGAGUGCUGGGGCGGCUCCGACAAGAGCGCGGCGACGGCCACCAUCAUGCUCAUGGGCGACACCUGCACCAGAGGGUGCCGCUUCUGCAGCGUCAAGACGAACCGGGCGCCCGCCCCCCUCGACCCGCACGAGCCCGAGCACACGGCCGAGGCCUUGGCGCGAUGGGGUCUCGGCUACGUUGUCCUGACGAGCGUCGACCGCGACGACCUCGUCGACGGCGGCGCCCGCCACUUUGCCGAGACGAUCCGCAAGAUCAAGCACAAGAAGCCGUCGUUGCUCGUCGAGGCCCUCACCGGCGACUUCCGGGGCGACCUGGACAUGGUCAAGGUCGUCGCUGAGAGCGGCCUCGACGUGUACGCCCACAACGUCGAGACGGUCGAGGCCCUGACGCCGUACGUGCGCGAUCGCCGGGCCACCUUCCGCCAGAGCCUCGAUGUCCUGCGCCACGUCAAGGACGUGAGGGGCAAGGAGGGCAUCAUCACCAAGACGAGCAUCAUGCUGGGCCUCGGCGAGCAGGAGCACGAGGUCAUGGAUGCCCUGAGGGAGCUGCGACGGGCCAACGUCGACGUCGUCACCUUUGGCCAGUACAUGCGCCCGACCAAGCGCCACCUCAAGGUCGAAAAGUACGUCACGCCCGACGAGUUCGACGCCUGGCGGACGCGCGCCCUCGACAUGGGCUUCCUCUACUGCGCCAGCGGCCCUCUCGUCCGGUCAUCGUACAAGGCCGGCGAGGCCUUCAUCGAGAACGUGCUGCGGAAGAGAGCCGGCGGAAAGGACACGACGGCAGGCCGCGAGAGUCUCGGCCCAGCAGCUGCCUUGGGCUCCGAUGCUCCAUCGACGAUAUGA